AUGCGGGCCUUUAUUUUAAUUUCCUGUUUGGCCAUGAUGGGUGCUGAGACUUAUGCGGAACCUCCAGUGCCUUAUAUGACGGUGCAAGCACAGAUGCAAAGAAGCUUGCCUCCUAACAGUCAUCCAGCAAUGCCUCAUGUAUAUCAACAACUGCCAACUGAUAUGACGUACUCAAAUUUUGGUGCCCCAUCACCAACCUAUGCUGCACCACCAAGUCCCAUUCCCACAGCCUCUAUUGACAUAAUGGCUACACCUGAAAUGAUGGCUCAUGAGGAUUCGUAUAAUGCCGCUUACCGCCACUCGAACUCGGCACAACACCAGUCCGGCUAUCCGAAUAGGCCAGCGGAGACCCAUGUCCAUAAACAUGUUUAUGUCCAUGUACCGCCUAAAGAUUUUGAGGAAGAGGAUGCUAUCCAGCCCCGUGUUACACACCAAAUGGGACCCAAACAGAAACACUAUAAAAUCGUAUUCAUCAAAGCCCCAUCAGCUCCUGCCAUGCGUGCUCCUAUCGUUCCACCAGCCCCACAAAACGAAGAGAAAACUCUCAUUUAUGUGUUGCACAAGAAACCCGAAGCCCAAGCUGAUAUUGUCAUACCAACUCCAGCACCCACCAAACCAUCCAAACCUGAAGUAUUCUUCAUCAAAUACAAGACCAAGAAGGAUGAAGCUCCUGUCUAUGGCCCUCCACCAUCUACUUACAAUGGGGAACCACGUCAGGCUGAACCCUCGGAGGAAUAUAAUGCUCCUCAUGAAGAUGGCCAGUCUCAAUUCCAAAUUCCCAUGGCUCCUGAGACCUACGCCACUCCAACAAUGGGCGCAUUUGCCGGAAAUGAAGCCCAGCCAACCAUCGCCGAACCUGAAAACCAAUACCUGGCUCCUGAGAGUUCCCCCACCCCCAUUGUAGUAGCUGAAGAACAACCUCGUGCUCCCGCUUCCACAUAUGGCCCACCUAGCCGCACCAUUAAUGUGAAUGAUCCCUAUAGUAACUCUCAUUAA